UCACCAUUCAUUGCUCAAUUUUUUUGAAUUGUUUAACCACAGUCCUUUUUUGGCUGAGGAUUGUGGUCAGUUUUUGGCUCAUGGAUCUAGCUCUUGUUGGCUGAAGAAUUUUGGCUUUUUAUGGUGAUUCUCUUCCUUACUUUUUGUUUUCUCUCAUAAUGUUUUUGUUUAAUCUGAAGGUUACAUUAUGUUUAUUGUGUUGAAAAAUCACAUUUUUGUAGAGAGGGAUAAAAAAAUUCAACUGUUGCUGAAAACAUGAGGGGUUGGGUAUAAAGGUUUUUAAUAGAUAAGACAGUGGACGAAUGACAGCGCAAUACAAAUGUAUGUAAACCAGAAUGUCCUUGCUGGCACAGAUAGGAUACAGUAGAUUCCAUGUGUAGGUUUUUAGUGCAGCGCUGAUUACUGAAGGGAUCGACAUUAAAUGCAGUUGAAACCAGAAAAAUUGAACAGGAGUUACCGUACAGAUGUCCUGCGUGUAGCUCACACUCCGGUCCAUCAGGGGGCGGUAAUGCACCUCCAUCACAUUCCAGAGCCAGUGAACAAAGAAGGAGGGAAAGUGCGCACUCUGAGCGUGGGAAGAUAAAGACGGAGAACAAUAAGAAGAGUGCGAGCAGCGAGAUGUGAUCCAAACUUUCUGUAUGUAUCAGAGCGAAUUUGAGACAGUGCGACAGCAACAACACCGCUCGCAUAAAAAAACCCACCAUUUAUACUUUUUUGCCAGCUGUGAAACCACCUGGCCUGAUAUGACAAAAUGACAGUAAUCCUGCGAUUACAAGGCCUUGAUGUGAAAGCAGGUACAGAAGAUAUAAGGAAAUUCUUUGAAAGUUUUCACAUACCUGAUGGUGGAGUGUACAUAGUGGGGGGGAGUCUCAGAGAAGCUUUUAUUGCAUUUACCACUGAAAGAGAUGCUCGGCUUGCCAUGCGGCACAAUGAUAGUUUCCUGAAAGGGUCUAAGGUGACUUUACACAUAAGCAGCAUGGCAGAACUGGAGCACAAAUUAAAGACACUGAUAAAAAAGAAGAAAGCCUCCCCCACCCAGCUGACUGCCAAGAGUCAGCCAAGUCCAGAUGUAAAUCUGCCAUCUUUGAAUGCAUUGCCUCAUGAUCACAAUAAUGCAAAUCCAUCACCUACUACUGCACGGCCAGUUGAUCCCCGCACUGCAAAUUUGCCACAGCCUCCUUAUCCCAAAAAGUCUUCUACAAAUCUGCACAUUUCAGCUGUGAACUCACUUGAUUCCAAUACUGCCUUUCUUCUUGGGAUUUGUACUGUCCUUCAAGGACUCCAGUCAUCCCAUCAAAGAGAAAGCAACGAGGCAGGGCCAAGAGUUGAUUUCCCCAAGGCUGAUAGCACAGUUGAAUUUUCCGAUGUGGUGAGGACACCAGAGCUAACUCUGAACUCAGAGCCUGGCUAUGUCAGGCUCUUUGGUCUGCCAGCCUCAGCUACAAAAGAAGACAUCUGCCAUUUUUUCAGAGAGUUGACGGUACAGGAAGCCAUAGUGAAUGUGAAGUUGGGUCUUCGCCAUUGCUGCCUUGUGAAGUUUGCAAACACGCAGGAUGCAUGUGAUGCUCUUCAUUUCAACCAACAGUCACUGGGCAACAGCUGUGUGGAGGUACGUGGAGCAACUGAGAAGAUGUGGACCAGUGCCCUGCAAGAAUGUGAAAGUGCGCUUGGUGAUGAGGAGAGUGUGAAACCCUACAAAAACCCUCUUAGGGAAACUGCAAACGACAAACAAAAAUCUGCUUCUGCACUGCGGAUGAAGAGGCGAUCUGUCAACCGAUUACCAUGUAAAUCACCAAAGAAGCCAAGACCAGAGUAUGACUCAGCAACUACCUUUUCACCGAGUAUGGAGUACAUUGUCAUGGUCAGUAAUCUACCCAAAAAGAUGACCAAGACUGAAAUAAAAGAAUUGUUUGGAUGUCCAAACAUUGUACACAAAAAUGUACUCCAUUUGCUUGACAAGGAAGGCAACAGAACAGACACAGCUUUUCUUAUUUUUAACUGCAUUGAGGACUAUGAAUAUGCAAUGAAUCUCAGUGGGUGCCAUGUUGGCUCUGACACCAUUAAGGUAUCAUCAAUCACUAAGAAGCUGAUGAGGGACAUGAUGGCCAAAACACAUCCCAUUAGGCUUAAGCAUCAUCUGAAGAUGGACACAAAGAAGAAACCAAAUGGAAAGAGGAAAUCAGGUCCAGUUGGGACAUCAGAAGAGAAACCAAACAUGAACCCAGACUCAGCUGUUCAGGCGUGCCUGUUUGUUAGAAACAUGCCUGGAAAUGUGCAGAAGUGUCAAAUAAAAAAUCUUUUCAACAAAUACAAACUGAAGGAGGAUAAUAUCAUCUUGCUCCGUGACAGUGGUGGCAGGAGUACUGGUGAGGCUGUGGUUAAGUUUAAGUCACAGAAGCAUGCGGCUCUGGCUCAUGGGCUCCAUGGACAGGACUUCCUGGGGACAGAAGUACUUCUUACCCGCAUAAAUGUGAAGCAGAUGGAGGACAUCUUGGCAAGAAGCGGUGGGGAAAUUGAACAUUAAUUCUCCAAUGCAGACACCGUGGCCAAAGCGUCAUUUUGAGAUCUUCAUUUUAUCUUGGAAAAAGUUUGUUUUCCAUCCAAGAUGUUUAACUGCAUCGACCUGCUGACUUACUAAAUGUAAUUAUGUUCUGUUAUAACCGUUAAUGACUUCAUAUUCUCUCUGUGAAUAUUCUGUUCAUUUUUUAAAUAAAUAUUUAAAACACU